UCGACUUCUCUACUUUCAGCAGACAGCUACCAGUACCAGCUUCAGUCGAUGUGGCAGAAGUGCUGGAACACCAAUCAAAGCCUGGUGCACAAUCUGCGGUUCCGCGAGCGCGGGCCGCUGAAGUCCUGGCGGCCGGAGACAAUGGCGGAAGCCAUCUUCUCCGUGCUGAAGGAGGGGCUGUCGCUCUCCCAGGCGGCGCGGAAGUACGACAUCCCGUACCCAACGUUCGUACUGUACGCGAACAGAGUUCACAACAUGCUGGGCCCCAGCGCUGACGGCGGUGCCGAUCUGCGGCCAAAGGGUCGCGGGCGGCCGCAACGCAUCCUGCUUGGCGUUUGGCCCGACGAGCACAUCCGCGGCGUCAUCCGAGCUGUCGUCUUUCGCGACACGCACGCGCCUCACCCAGCGCAGCACCCCGCGCACCACAUCAAGGAGGAGGUCCUCACCUACCCCUCUAUCACGGACGGGAUCGCGGUGCCGAACGCGUAUGGGAACGCGGCGUGCGGCAACGGGCGCGACGGCGGCGUUUCGCCGAACGCUGCGGCCGCCGCCGCCGUCGCCGCGGUGGCUCACGGGCUUCGCCGUCAAAUGUGCAACAUGGUGGUGGCGGCGCAGAGACCGCCGGACCAUCCGCCGCAUUUGGGGCUGCCGCCGCUGCCGCUGCAAUCGCCGCGUUUGCCGUCCCCGCUGUCUGCGGGGCUCGAGUCGCCGCUUUGUUCGCCGCCGCCGCCGGGCCACGCGCUCGAGCCGCCGAAGCCGGCGGAUCCGUUCCGGCCGUUCGCGUCGCCGCGCCCGGAUAGCCGCUACGGCGGGGGCGACGUGGUGGCGGUCGCGGUGGCGGAAAUGACUGAGAUGGGCCCGCCGAAGACGCCGCUGUCGGGCGGGAAAGGCGGCAAGGAGCUGUCGUCGCCGCUGCCUGUGAAACUCGAGCCGGCGGCGGGGGAAGCUCGCGCGGAGCACAUGUGAAGCGAGGCGGCGGCGGUGGGCACGGCCUCGCUCGUGCCGCUGCCCGCGCAGCCGCCGCCGCAUAACGCGCCGCAUAACGCGCCGCAUAACGCGCCGCACCACGCGCCGCAGCACGCGCCGCCGAUCGCGCCGACGCUGCCCGCCGCCUACCCCUACUUCGUCCCCAACCGCAACUCCGUGGGCUACUUCUAGGCGGCGCGGCGCAUGACGCAUCACACGAGCACAUUCCACCGCCCCGACGGCGGAAGGACUGCCGCGCUCGCGGGACUUCGAUCGUUUCGAUAAUAUCGGCAUUGAUUUACAUUCAUAUUUAGUUGAUUGAUUGAUUAUUAUUUAAAGUGGACUCGCUGUGCAAUAAAAUGCUUGUUGUUUAGUUACGAGUUUUGUAUUAUUAAUGCAAAAAGGAAUAUUUUUAGUUUAUUAUUAUAAUUAAUUACGUUUCUUGUAUACAUCGUCGUUUAUGCAUGUGUUCUGGUGACAUGUAUCUUUUGUUACUGUACCUAUCGUAAGCGAGGCGGGUGACGCGGAGCGCCCUCAAGCGCUCCCCGCCACCUGCGCAUGAGUAGAAUGUGAAACAUAGGCUUAAAUAUAAUGUUACAUCUUAGAUUCAUCUGUGAAGUAUGUAAGGAGAUCAAAAUUUAAACCAUUCGGCCCGAUUCAAAAGACUGUUCGGUAUACCUAUUCAUUGUAAUUCAGCAAACUAAUUGUGUAAAACGAGAAAUAAUCUUAGAUGAUAAUGUUAAAGGGAUAUAUAUCUACAUAUAAUAUAAUUUGAUUUGUCGUCGGAUGAAUGUCAUUGUCUCUUUAUAGCGAUCGCGGUGGGCGCUCGACCGCCCUACGCAGCGAUAGACUUAUAGCGGUCGCCAAAUGUAAUAUAGAUUGUAAUCUUUAGCCAGUAGUGAGCGUUCCAAAUGUUAGGUUAAAUUAGACUCUGAGGCUCGACCGACCUCCCCCGCUCGAACGUAAUCACAAUCUUCGACUUUACUCUGAUCGACAGAUUCUUCUGUGUUUAAGUAGUAACAAUAUCAGUGUUAGCGAUUAAGGAGUGUAUUCUACCAACUGGUCAAUAUUAUACGAACAUUGAAUUUUACUCUGCAUUAUGGGGUUCUCUCUUCGCCGCUCGCCCGUAGCGGACGAGACCCAUAUUAUAACUCUGUGUAUAGAAUUUUAUGUCAAAAUAAAUAAUUGAGACUAUAUGAUGUAGAGAGUUGUCAAACUCAUAUGUUGUCAUGGAAGUAUCGUGACAGCUUACGCAUUUUUCGCAGCAAAGGUCGUACUGUCGAGCCGGCGCCGGCGCAGCCCGCCGCUCGUGGCUAGGGAGGGGACACGAUAUCGAAUAGAAAGUAUCGAUACUGUAAAAAAGUAUCGUACUCGUAAAAGUAUUGAAACAAAAGUAUCGAUACUUCAAAGUAUCGAGUACGUUUCUUAGGGCCUUAUCGGAUCCUCUGUGGCCUGAUGAGCAAGCCCAGAUACAAAUUCAAACGAAUACAGUCAAGCGAAAAGCACAAUAAACGGCGAAUCAAUCACAGUUCCUAAUAAUGUGGUCGCUAAAUAAAUAACUAUGAAACAAAACAAAGCGCAAAAUAAACACAGUCACAGAUUGGAAAGAAAUUGAAUAUGUCAGUUGCUGACUUUAUAACAACGCAAUGGAACGUUUUAGAAGGUUUGCUAUGAUUUAACUUAAGAUGGUGUUGCCAUCAAUAUGAGGCGCUUAUCCAAAAUUUGUAAGGUAGGUAUUGAUACUUGCCAAAAAGUACUCAUUUAGUAAAAGUAUCGAGUACAAAAGUAUCGGUAUCGAAAGGAAAAGUACUCGACACCACAAAGUAUCGAUACUUUUUUUCGUGUCCCUACUCGUGGCUACAGUUACAUUUCAAUAUUAGCAUAGCAUCGGAGCAUCAUUUUGACAUAUUGUGCUCGCUGCUACCAGUGAAACACUUUGAUUUGUACAAAUUUGUUUUAAACUAAGGUUUCGUUCGAGAGUUUCGGCAUAAAAUUAACCAUCACCGAUCUUUUUGCCGCAAGGGUAUACCAUUAGAUAUUGUUGGCGGACUAUCGUUGGCGUUCUUAUAUGUGUCUGUUGAGGGGAAAGGGGCGCUACUGCGCAUGUCUCGUCGCAAAACACGAUCGACGGUGUUUAAUAUAAGUCUCCAAGUGGCCUUGAUACUUCACUUUAAUUUGGUAUUUGGAUUAUCCGUAUCGGUUCGUCUUUGGAAUUAGUGAGUAAAGAAAGACCAAAUAAGAGAAGAAGAAAAAAAAAUGAUUUGCAUUCAGAUCUAGUAAUGAAUCUAUUUGGCUGUCCUUUUGGAAAUAAAGUUUAUUCUAGGUGAAAAAAGAAAUUAAAAAAGUUAUAUAAUGGCCUAUGCGUUUCGGAAAGAAUUGCGUAAUUUUUGGUAAAUGUUACUACGCAUAUUUUCUAUUGUAUAAGUCUAGGCUAAUGUGUUCAAAAAGUAAAUUAAAAUUUAAAAUUUUUGAAAAAAAGUAGAAAGUGCCUUCCAAAUUUUUGACCACAGUAAGUGUUGGGAUGCGUGCGGCGAUGAUAGGCGAGUCGCGCGCGAUGGCGCCGGCCGGCCGCCCGUGGCACGGUAAUGUUAAUAUUACCGUACCCGUGUUGUUGUAAGAUUGUUAGUGGCGUGCGGCAUACAGCCUCCGCACCCGGCGCGCCUCGCCCCGGCCGCCGCCAUCGGCGCGCACUGAACGUGCUUAACUAUAAAAAAAAGUUAGAAUAAUGAAAAUUCAAAAUUAUUAUAUAAAAAAAAAUACAUAUGACUAUAUAUAGGGAAAAAUAUACAUAAAAUAUAUAUUCGGCCGAAGUGGUAAUACCCUGACAGGCGAAUGUUAGAUGACUGUUCGGCGUCAAAAUUGAUUCUAUAUUUUUUUUCCUUCCAAAUGACAAAAAUCCAUAAGGAAACAAUGCAUAAGUUGCAUAGUGCCAUUUUUGUUUGAGCUGUAUCGAUCGAGUGCGGUUCAAUUUUUGUAUCAAAUUGUGGAUUUUGUAGUUAUAAUUAAUUAAUUUAUUGUAUCGGAGAAUUUCGGAUUACAUUAGUGAGUACCUACCUAAUGUUAUUUUCGUGAUAGUUAAGUAAAGUAAAUAAACUUGUAUUAUUAUUAUAAACCUAAAGAGGCGGUUUCGGUUGGUAAUUUAUAAAAAUAGAUAUUAAUUUAUGAUUUUUUUAUAGUUAUCGAAUCAUUACUGGCGAUUAUCACGAUGUGUUAUAUAUAUAAUAUUGCAUGACAACUACUGUUUCUCACUUUUUUUUAGUUCAUUGUGAUAAAUAUUAUCGUUUGUAUGUUUAAAGAACAAUUAUAUUUUUUCCUUCUAAAUACCUAUUCUUAUAGAACUUUCAUCGUGUAUUAUUUAUUUUGUUUAGAUUAAAUUGUCUUAACGCCAAAUCGGGCUCAAAAUAAUAUGUUAUUUUAUUACGAUACCUACCUUUAUAAGAUAUUUCUUGUUACAAAUACCCAAUCCUCCUUUUCAAUCUUCUAAGUUAAUAACAGUGUGUUAAAUGUGACUGUUUAGUUAGUAAGACUAUGUGGAUAUCUGUUGUGGUAGGUAUCAGACAAUAGUAUCGUAAGAAUUAUCAUUGCUUUUGGCUCUAAGGACAUAAUUUGAAUUGCAUAUCAACUAGCAAACGUACUGACUGACUGGUUUACGUUCCGUUUCACAGAAAUGUGUGGAGCGAAACAGUUUAUUUUGUUGACACUGUGAAGGAGCGUACGUACUACCGACCAAGGAAAAUAUCGCCAAGUGUAAAGUUUAGCCGAGCUCGAAAUCUGCGCAGUGACCCUCAAGCCAGAAACAUAUUAAUGUGUCGUGGAGUGUUGUGACGCAUCGGUUUCGUACAUUUAUUUUGGGUUAGAAAGAGUUAGAGAGAUAAGAGAGUCGACACGACACGACACGUAAAUAUAUCACUAAAUAUAGUAAAUGUAUAAAACCGAUGUGAUUCUGGCGCGUCACGACACGACACGACACGUUAAUAUGUUUCUGGCUUUAGGUUGUUCGAUUGCCAAAUAUCACAGUGACAACAAAGGACAUCAAAGAGUUCCAUAGAUUUGUGUUACAAUAUCAUUUGUAUUCAUAGCGAUUAUGGAUGUCGUUAGUUUUUAUGUUACUGAAGCGAUUUAUUGUUGUUAAGAGAGAUCUGUCUUCAUUUCCAUACCCCGUGGUCAUCGUAUCACCGUUCCGAUUCCUAUUGAAUGUUCAACUUGUAGUAUUGUAAACAUUUCGCGCCGCCUUGCCUCACUCCACACCACUCCACCAGCAAGUAAGCAAAUCUGAUGGUUUGCUGAAUAGGGAUGACACUUUUCUUUCUACGUCCAUUGGACACGUAUUUUUUCACUUAAUCAAAACUAUACAUAGACUAGCAAACCCGGCGAACUCCGUUUCGCCACCAGAUGGCUUCGUUUUAUGUAACAUUUCGUUUGGUGAUUAAAAUAUUUUUUUUUUUAUUUUUCCUGAUUUUUUUUUGCUAUAAACCUCACGGAGCCCGAGACCUUUCCAACGAAUGCAAAACCGUGGAAAUCGGUUCGUGCGUUCUAGAGUUAUAGCGUCAGGAAGGAAAACCCGACUUAUUUUUAUAUAGUAGAUAUAUAUGGAUAUGAAAUGUUACAUGCCGACGAAAAGACGUCACUUACGACGACGUUAUCUUUGUCAUUGAUGAAAGCAAAAAAAUACGUGCUCAUUUUUUUUUUAAAUCUAAAUAGCUGACUAAAAAUAAUUCCGUUUAUUUUACCUUAACAUCAUCCCUAUCAACACGUUUUACUGUAAGCAAAUUAUAAUCUUAAGGACUGCGACUUUGUAGCUGAGGCAGCCAUGUGAUUCUGUGGAGCUUAAAUACGUAUAAAAAAAAUCGAUCUCAUUUUCCAAUCGAGCAUUCGACUAUCUGAGCUGUUUCUUUCACAUAACAUAGUAUAGCGUUGUUCCAGACCAUUUUAUCUUAAACAUCAAUCGUAAUGCAUUUAUUAUUAAAGGAAAUCGAUGUCAGGCUUAGGAUAAAACUCUUCGUUACCUAUUAUUUGAAUGCUGACAAAUAUAUUGAUUAAUGUAUUGUGAUAUGUGUGACAGCUGUGUCGCUUUAUUUUUCUGCAGUUCAGAUGUAUAGAAGUGUUUUGUUUCGGCUCUGCGCCCGAGGCGACUCGUUUCUGCUGCUCGAAGAAUAUAUCUAUAUUAGUAAGAUCUAUAGCGAUAUUUUCAUCGCAAAGUGUAUACGGGAAUGUCUUCCAAGUAUCUGCAUAGAGUCGCCUUGGGCGUAACUACAGUAUUAUUGGGCCUAAGGUUUAACAGUUUAACUUAUGCGUUUAAAUUUAUUUCUUCCCACUCCAAAUAGUUGGCUGGCUUUUAAUUGGAAAAGUUUUUGUCAUGUUUGUAUGAAUAGAAAUGUUUGUUUCUCAUAUUAAUUUGCAAUUAUCAGAGGAUUGAUAUGUGGUCUUGUAAUAUCUAACGCUAACAGACGUUGCAAUGUACGGUCGAUCUCCUUUCACGAUCGCUGCACGUCGUAGGAGCGGAAGGGGUGAUCUGAAUGUUAGAGGAACGCUUUAUAAACCACCAUUGUUGCUCUGAGAUACUUGCCUGAAGCGACUUUAGGAAAUUUGCUUAGCACGAAACAUAUUCUAAGGCGGUGUUUAUGUCAAGUACAAUAUAAUCGAAAUUUUUGCUGUAAGUAAUUCUUUAUUAAUGUAACAGUUGACAGAUUGCAUCAAUGUAGUUUACGGGAUCCUAUUAAACAGUUAAAAAUACUUUAAUGUUCUUUAUUUCGAUAUAUUAUAGUAGUACGUCUCAAUCACAUUCAGUAAUGUUUAAGUUCGUUAUGUCACUGUGUACCGUUGUCUGAAUGAAUAUACAAAAAUAGUG